AUGCGGCCGCAGCUCAAACGCUCAUUCCCGGCUCCAGAGCCGCACGGCCGAACCGCUCCGGUGCCUUUUGCAGUUGUUUGUUUCUCUCUGGCUCUUUGAUUCCUUGUCUCACUCCUUAACUUUCCCUGUGUCAGGGAGGGCAGUGGGGCAGGCAGCGGUGCCCGGGAGGGUCUUUCUGUUCCAUGGAUGCCAGCAGACGGCUUUGGGAGCCCAGGGUUGGUGCAGCAGCAGAGCAGAGCAGCUCAGAGGCGAUGGGGCACACACUGCAGUGCUACAUUGCUGUGCUCUCCUCCAUCCUCCCCGGGACUGCCCUGCAAAGCUGCAGCUGUGCGACUUGUUGAUGAGCAGAAACAUUAGCAGACCUCCUGUUUCAGGCCAUGAAUAAUUAAUGUUUGUUCCUCAUUAAUUUCUUGUGGAGCAGAGUCUUGUUAGACCACAUUUAGAUGUAUUUCUAGAGUUAGGAGCAAAUACAACAAGAAAGAGAUGCCUGAUAGAUGAGCACUCUGCCCUCCUCCCACCUUGGAAAAUGUGGCUCUGUCACUCAUAGGAUCCUCACUGGAAGCAGAUGGGUCUGAUUUUUAACGAGCAUCAGAGUCUGCUUCAUUACAGCUUUAAUUUCAGGGAAAGACACACAAAACAAGCUCUAUAAUUCAUGCACAUUACAAAGGAGAACACAGAGCUUCUCACGUCCCUCAGACCUCAACCAAAACCUUGGCUGAAAAAUUCAGGGACAGCACAGCAUCCAUUCCCCAAUGGCUGUGGUGGGAGGAUGAAGUGCUGCUAUCCCUGCUCCCCCCAGCACUCAGCACUGCUGUCACUCUUUUAAUGUUUUAAUAUGGACACAAUAUUCCUCUAAGGAACAUUUUUUAUCUAGAUGUGAUACUUGCAAACACCUGCACGACUUCCUGGGAAUACCCAUGUUUGUAUUCAGUAACACACCCAGGCUGUGUUCUCUGCGAGCUCCCCUGCAUGCAGCUGGAAGAGACAAAAAGGCAAACAGCUUUAGUUCUUUCAAUUACAGAAGGUGAGAGAGCCCUCAUUAUUCAGUUCAAAGCACUGAACACAUCACGACAGUUCCCCACUUCUCUCAGUGCUGUCACCGUCUGAACAGCCCACAUCCCAAACAUGAGAGCCCGACUUCCACCUUUAAUAACAUCCCACCAAAUGCUCUCUAAGGGAAAUUAAUGUGCUCCUAAAGGCACGAAGGGAUGCUGUCUCUCCCUCAGCUGCUCCUUAGGCCAUCACUCGGUGACCCCAGCAGGACAUGGCCCCAGCCCCACUGCAUCCCCUGUAAGGUUGGGCACUGCAGCCCUCCCAUGAGCCGGGCAGCUCCUGUAGCUUAGCAACUUUCUUUUGGCUUUGUUAAGUUGGGCUCUUCAAUCUCCUUAAUGAAUAAGAGAAUCAAGCCAGGUAAUUGAUGCUGGGCCGUUUAGCUGAUGAAUAAUUGACUGUCUGGGUAAUCCUAGCUAUUUCCUCGAUCAGAUUGUGCAGUGGAACAGCCAUAUCAGACUGCAUGUGUGCUGCGUGCUCUGCGUGGGGCUAAGGGCGAGCAGCGAACCUCCUGGGCUCAAUGCAGCGCUCAUCCUGCAGGGCUCCAAACACCUCAGAGAAGGUGCUGCACCUCAGCAAAGAAUGCUAAGGAGAAACCCACCCCACACAGUGCUGGGCAGGAGAUGCAGCUCCAUAGCAGUGAGUGGGAGCUGUGUGUGCAAAGGGACAGAAGGACCACGUCUGUGUGCCAUUCCCGUCCUCAACCGCUCCUUGGGUGUAAAGCAGCACCGUGGGCUGUUUGCAGGAAACCAAGGAUGCUUUAAAGAGCAGCUGAGGAAAACUUCCCAUGGUGAGACAUCUCAUUCUGUGCUGGGCAGCGCUGGUUACCAUCCAUUGUAGAGCAUGUGUGAGGACAAACUGUGUGUGAAAUGAUGGACUUCUGUGUGCCAGAGCACCCUCACUCCCAUGUAAGCAUUUAUUACCAAUCCCACCAACUAAACAAUUCAAUGAAACCUAGAGCCUGCUGACAGCACAGCGGCUAUGAUGGGCUUUGAAUUAAAUCUUAAAUGAUAGCAGAAUAGUUUGAUGUUUUAGGAAAAUGGAUAACGACCUUCAAAUGGUGACAAAGAACAGGAUGGCACCGUGGGCUCAGCGCACGCCUUCAAUCUGACUGCUACCUUCAGAUUUUCAAUGAGUCAGCGGUGAUGUUUCAUCAGGGUAUGGGCUGAUGGUGUUUUUUUUCUUCCAGAAAUACCAUUAAUUAUUUACCAGUAGAUGAAUGAUCUCUGAAAUCUAUUGCAGUGACACCUUUGAGUCUGCAGAUAGUUUCUGAUGGCAAACCAUCUGGGCUCUUUUAACUUGUUAUUGUUUAUCCCUUGGACUCCUCUCCUCUGUUUGUAAGGUGUAACAUCAGUAGACAGGGCCAGGAACAUCAAUAUUUUACGGCUUUAAUUAAAGGGAGCUCAGCAGCUGGGUUACCCCAUCCGGCGUCUUUCAGAACGGCGGCCUUUGGGAGGGAAGGAGAAGCCGCCACACGGUGUGGGCAGCAGAAGGGCUCGGGUUUGGCUAUGGCACGGGGUGGGCCGGGCUGGGAUGCUCCGUCCACACACAUAAUACUCGGCCGCAGCCUGGGCCACGUCUGCCACCCCAUGUGGGACUGGGAAUGGAGGCCGCACGGGACGAGGGAGGGAUGGAAGGCGUGGGGAUGGGAGAAGGGCCAAAGCAGUGCAGGCCUUCGGGAGGGGGGGGGAGCUGCGGGGGUCGGGCAAUGCAUCCAGCACUGCAGGGAUCCCCUGGUGUCACCCAGAGCGGGUGAAUUACGGGAGGGCUACGAAUAAAACAAAGGUCUGAAAAGUAUCCCUCUAUUAAUUACUCCCACCGAAGCGGCACCGCCUAUAAAUACGGUGCCGCUUUGGAUGAAACUUUCAUGCAGCUAUUUAGGCCCUUUGAAAUAUAAAUGAUUUCCUUUAAAUUUUUUAUCGUAAAUCAGAGCGCGGAGCUGCGCGGCGCCGGCUCAGCCGGUACGGACGGAACGAGCCGCCCCGACACGGCGCUGUCCGCGGUGCUGAUCCCGCACCGCCGCCUUCCUACAGCGUCGGUCGGGAAGCCAAACCAAACUUGCUCUGCGCACAAAACUCUUGUGAGCCUCAAAGCCGGGCACGGGUUUCUUUUGCUUAAGAAUCGGCCGUUUCCCACGUGCAGGUUACUUAAAUCCCCAGACCAACGAUGUCUGGUAACGUGUGAAGAUGCGGGAAGGUGAUGAGGGAGCAAAAAACAAAAACAACCGCUCGGGAGCAGUUAUGGCCGUUUCGGGACUAUUUGGGGAGGAGGGGACUCGUCCGUUUUCUCUUAACGAAUCGAGGAUCGGACGUUUGCAUCCCACGGUACGCACGCACGGGAGCCUUAAUCACGGCUCCCCUGUACCCGCGGGACCCUGAAAUCAAUUGGAUUCCCCCCGUUGGCAAUGCGGCCCGCACGCACCGCACACCCACGGCCCGACCCCGCAUCCCCGCUCCCCGCGGGGCUCAGCGGACCGAGGGGGGAGGUGGGUCUGGACGUGCCUGGGGAGGAGCCGAGCGCUUCUCGUGCUCGCGGUGUAACUUUUGUUAGGUUGUACCGACGCUGUGGGGCUCGUGUCAGCCGCACGGGAACAGCACAGACGUUUCGCCUUUGAAGUGCCGCGGCUUGUGUGGUUUGUCUGCAAAGCGAGAGAGACGCAGCGGAGACGGGGCGGUGGGCAGAGUGCUGUGAGCUCCGCAGAACUGACUGCGAUGUGCGGGCGGCCGCCCCUCGCCCCGACACACCCAGCCGGGAGCGAGUCGAGCCGAGCCGAGCCGAGCGGCGGGGUCCGCACGAACGGCUGCUGCGCGCGGCCCGAGCUCGGCCUGCCUCGCAGUACCCCCGGCCCUCCUCUCCUCCCGGUCCCGCAGGGUCCGAGUUCUGCCCCUCGGCCGGCCCGGCUCGGCGUUCCCCCGACGGCAGUUAUGAACGGGGAGAGUUCGGUCUCCUCCGCUCCCGGCCGGGGCCGAUCCUCAACCGCUCCCCACUGAGCCGCCCCGACGGCGCGUCCCGAGCCGGUGCGGGGCCCCGCGCCCUCCGCUCCUGCCCACAACACGCGUGCGCGGGGCCCGCUCCGGGCGGCGGUGUAAGAUGAGUGAGGGAGCGGGGGGGGGGGCGUGCGGGGGGACGCUCCGUCAGUGCCAAUCGCUCACUUUGACGGCGGCGAGCCAGAGACAACCCUGAAUCGAUGUCCGGGGCUGCCUACCUGCGAGGUGCGCGAAGAUGAUGGCCAUGAACGCCAAGCAGCCCUUCCCCAUGCACGCCGCCCUGCAGGAGCCCAAAUACUCCGGGCUGCACGCCGGCGCGGAGGCGAUGCGCAGGGUUUGCCUCCCGGCCCCGCAGCUCCAGGGCAAUAUAUUUGGAAGCUUUGAUGAGAGCCUGCUGGCCCGCGCCGAGGCUCUGGCGGCCGUCGACAUCGUCUCCCACGCCAAGAGCCACCCCUUCAAGCCGGACGCGACCUACCACGCCAUGAGCGGCGUUCCCUGCGGCCCGGCCGCCCCCGCCGCGCUGCCGCACCCCGCGCUGCCCGCGCCGCCGCCGCACCCCGCGUUGGACGCCGAGCUACUGGAGCACCUCUCCCCCGCGCUGGCCCUGCCCGACCCCCCGGCGGUGCCCGCGCCGCUGCCGCCGCACCCGCUGGGCGCCGUGGGCCACCUGCCCGUGGCCGUGGGUCCUCCGGGGGGCCCCGCGCCGCCGCUGCCCGCCGCUCCCUGCCUGCCCGACGUGGAGUCCGACCCGCGCGACCUGGAGCAGUUCGCCAAGCAGUUCAAGCAGCGGCGGAUCAAGCUGGGCUUCACCCAGGCCGACGUGGGGCCGGCCCUGGCCAACCUGAAGAUCCCGGGCGUGGGGUCGCUCAGCCAGAGCACCAUCUGCCGCUUCGAGUCGCUGACGCUGUCGCACAACAACAUGACGGCGCUGCGGCCCGUGCUGCAGGCGUGGCUGGAGGAGGCCGAGGCCGCGCACCGCGACCGCGCCACCAAACCGGAGCUGUUCGCGGGAGCGGAGCGCAAACGCAAACGCACGUCCAUCGCCGCGCCCGAGAAGCGCUCCCUCGAGGCGUACUUCGCGCUGCAGCCGCGGCCGUCGUCCGAGAAGAUCGCGGCCAUCGCCGAGAAGCUCGACCUCAAGAAAAACGUGGUGCGCGUCUGGUUCUGCAACCAGCGCCAGAAGCAGAAGCGCAUGAAGUACUCCGCGGUGCACUGACGGCGGCCCGGACGGCACCUCCACCCACCGACGGCGCGGCCGCGCCCGGGGCUCGGCGGGACGGGGCGGGGCGGGACGAACCCCGGGAGCUGCCCCGCCGAAGCCGCGGAACGGGGCAGGCCGCCCUCAGCCCUCACCCCUCUGGGCCUCGUGGCCGGUUGCGGCGUCCCCGCGGUUCCCCGGACUGUGUCCCGCGAGGAGAGCCGCCCGCGGGCCGACCCGGGCGCGGCGCCGGGAGCUCCGGGCCGUGUGCGCUCCCCGCCCGUCCCGUCCCGUCCCGUCCCGUCGCGCUCCGAACGGAGCGCCGCUCCCCACCUCGACUCUGGAAUAAAAGCUUUAUUUUUCAACCCGAA